AUGCCCGUUCCCACUGAAGUAUCUGCAUCUCUAGCUCAAACCCCUCCUUACCGACCCCCACCACCCUUUCACACCGCUACAUCUUCAGUGACUCCUUUGCCUCCUUCGACACCUUCGCCUAUAGGACAUCCUGCGGGUGUACCUCCCACGGCGUAUACACGGCAAGAAGGGUACUUCCCCCCUGGGCCCACAGUGCCUAUGUUACGGCCUGACGUUUCUCCCGGAUGGGGGCCGUAUGUGACUCUCCCGCAACUCCGACUUUAUCCAUUCUAUGCACCAUUCAGUCAAUCUGUCCCAUUCACCGGGGCGAUGCUUCCAUUCUCAUAUCACGGCCCGCAGCCGCCUACGUUGGCUCGUUGGCUCAAACCUUCGAAGGCGGAGCGCAAGCGUUUAAAGGCGGAGCGCAAGCGUUUAAAUGCGAUCCAGGUUGAAACAACGCGGCUGCAGGGAGUUAAGGACUGGCUAGAGAAGUACAACGGUGCUGCCACGGACACGGACAAUGAGGCCUCCGAAAAGGCUGCCGCGAGUGAAAAGAUAAACGUUCCCGCUGCCGACAUUGCUACCGCUAUGGCUGCGCGCGCUGCCAACGUGGCUGCCCGUCAUGCCGUUGCUACCGCCAUUCGUGCCGACACUGUUGCCUAUCGUGCCUUUGCUACCGCUGUCGAUGCUGCCGGUGCUGCCGUUGCUGCUGCCGACGCCGCCUUGAAGGCUGCUGCCGAUGCUGUUGCCGCCGCUGCCAUGAGAGAUAUGGAAAAGCAGAACAGUGAGAUUGUGACGAAGCCGGCCGACAAUGAUGUUAACCAGUCUCUCGAGCACACCGUUGAGGAGAUGGCAGCUGAGCAGGAUGGACCACGACACGAGCUAUCAGAUCUCCAUACUGAAGAGGACGAACGCAGUGCCGCUUAA